AUGGCUCUGAUAUUCCCCCAGCUCAGCGGCCAACAAGAAGCACAGGCUGUCCUGGAAACCGAACAGGCGGCGGCGGCGGCAGACCCCGCCGCCGGCGACGCGCUCUUUGUUGUGAGCAACAAGUGGUUCAGCGGCUGGUGUCAGUACAGCGGAUUUGUAUAUGAUCCGGUCCGCAAGAAGCCCAAAGUGGUGCCGCAGCAGGAGCCCGCGCCGCGCCCGGGCCCCAUCGAUAACAGUGACCUGGUGGCGGAGCCGCCUUCCACUUCCGACUUAACGUCUGAGCAGCAGGCAGGCGUGGUGGUCGUGCGAGACCAGCUGGUCGAUAAGCAUCACUUUUGGAUGGUACACGAGCCCACCUGGAACCUGCUCAAAGAAUGGUAUGGCUGCAAGGGGCCUGAGGUGCGUCGCGAGUAUCACAUGGCAGGGCACCGAAUACAGCUGGAGGCGCAGCAGCAGCACUAUCGUGUGAUAGCGCGUCCUGCGGGCGCGGAAGAGCAGGAGGCGGUGGUGGGGUGCAGCGCAAUGUGCAAGCUGUCGGAGCUCAAGACCAUGGCCUGCUCGGCGAUGGGGCUGGAGGCUGACGAUUAUGAUGUGUACGAUUACAGGCGCUGCCAACAGGGUGCCAAUCUGGAGGCCACCACCUACAAGACACUGACGGGCAACAAGCUGCAGGACCAGCAGGCGGUGCUGCUGCUGCCACGGGGGCGGCAGGCCCCUCCCUGGGCUGACGAUGUUGUGUAUGAUGCCCCGGGUCGCGCCCGCGGUCUGGCGGGGCUGGGUAACCUGGGUAACACCUGCUUCAUGAACUCCUCGCUCCAAUGUCUGGCACACAGCCUGCCACUCAUGCAGACCUUCCUCACCGGCGCCUACAAGCGCGACCUCAACAAAGACAACCCGCUGUCGCUGGGUGGCAAGCUGGCGCUGGCAUUCGGUGCACUGAUGGACAAGCUGUGGCGGGGUGGUGUGGGCCACGUCUCCCCCAAGCUCUUCAAGUGGCAGCUGGCCAAGUUUUGCCCCCAGUUCAGCGGCUACGCGCAGGAGGAUAGCCAGGAGCUGCUGGCCUUCCUUCUGGAUGGUCUGCACGAGGACCUGAACCGCAUCACUGACAAGCCUUACAUCGAAGACAAGGACUCAGACGGCCGGCCUGACGAGGAGGUGGCAGCAGAGGCAUGGGCCAACUAUCGACGUCGCAACGACAGCGUGAUCGUGGAUGCCUUCCAGGGGCUCUACCGCUCUGUGUUGACCUGCCCACAGUGCGAGUACCAGUCGGUCAAGUACCUGUCGCUGCCGCUGCCCUCCUCCAAGAUGCGUGGUGUCACCUUUACAGCGGUGUUCGUGGAUGGGACUGUUGCGCCGCGUACUUACGGCAUCGAGGUGCCCAAGAGUGCCACAGUAGGCCAGCUGUAUGCGGGGAUUGCAGAGCUGUUGGGCCUAGCCACAGAGGCUCCUGAGGAUGUACUGCUUCUGACUCAGUUCAACAUGAGUGAUGCCAGCUUCGCCGUGUAUGCAGACUCCAAGGCACGUGUGUCAUCCAUCGAGGACCUGCGCUCCCGCUCCUUCUUCCACUCGCGCAGUACUAGCCACCUGUACAUUGCAUACGUUUACCCUUCCUCCGAGUCCGGGCCACGGAGUGGCAAGCACCCCGUGCACAUCUUCCACAGGCCCUUCCGCAGGCCCCAGGCGCCAGCACCUGCUGCACAAGAAGAUGCUGUGUUUGGCAGCGAUAGUAUUGAGCAGCAGCAGCAGGCAGAGGGCCCUGCGCCUAUGGAUGAAGCUCCGAUUAGCGCAGUGUCAGUGGCGGCAGGGCCGGAGGCAGCUGCAGAAACAAUGAUGAUCUCGGCAUCGGCAGCAGACCAUGAGGCGAUGGAGCUAGAGCAGGGUGGCCCUGGCCGCGGCCCACCCAACGGCUCGGUUGAUGCUGAAGCAAUCGCCAAAUCGGGUGGCGAUGAGGCCUGGCUGGAUAGCAUGCCGGUCAAUGGCACAAAUGCCCAAGCAUCAGGACUAUUUGCCGCAGACGUUCCCAUGGUGUCCGCGGCAGCAAUGGCACAGAGCGGAGACAGCGAGGAGAUUUUUGACUUGUGGUCUGCCCAGAAGGAAGACGCGGCCAAGGCAGCGGCAGCGGCAGCAGCAGCAGCUGCCACUAGCCCACCUUUCCUGCUCAAAGCAGCCAAGCGCGCCGGCUACAACAUGGCGCUGACGACUUACAGUGUUAUUCUCGAGGUGCCAGAGGAUGGCCAGCCGUUGCUGCUGGUGGCAGAGUGGCAGGACGCAGCGGGGCAGCUGUAUGACCCGCAUCCCUUGCUGGAUGCGGAGAAGGACGCAUCAGCCCUGGCGCUGGCGGAAAAGCAGCGCGAUGGCGGCAAGAGCGUCACGCUGGCAGAGUGCCUGGAGACAUUCCUGCAGCCGGAGCAGCUGGAUGCCGAGGACAGGUGGUACUGCGGCAAGUGCAAGCAGCACGUGCAGGCGGACAAGAAGCUGGACCUGUGGAGCCUGCCGGACGUUCUGGUAGUCCAUCUCAAGCGUUUUUCUUAUUCGCGAUACUCGCGCGACAAGCUGGACACGCUGGUGGACUUCCCGCUGAGAGAUCUGGACAUGACGCCCUACCUGCGGAGCAGGCAGCAGCAUGCGCAUCCAGCACAGCAGCAGCAGCAGAGCGAUCCAGCCCGCAGUACUCGCUACGACCUCUAUGCCGUCUCCAACCACUAUGGAGGUAUGGGUGGCGGCCACUACACUGCCUACUGCCGCAUGCCGGGGGCAAGCGGCGGUUGGCACACAUUUGAUGACGGGCACGUGGGGCGCAUGGAGGAAAGCGGGGUGAAGACCAGCGCGGCUUAUGUGCUCUUCUAUCGCCGUCAGGGCGCCCAGGCAGAUGAGGAUGUGCAGGUACUGCUGGAGCGCGCAGAUGCCGAGGCGCAGCAGGAGCUGGUGCCAGCAGCAGCAGCAGCGGGUGUGGUUGCAGAGGAGCAGGCGGGCCCGGCGGGAGCAGCAGCGGAGCAGCACAAGAAUGUGGCAUCGCACGCAGCACCGCAUCCGACAGUGCCCAGCACCUCGGCAAGCUCACUACGCAAGAGGCAACCAGCUGCUAUCUAUGAAGAGGGGGCGCACGACAUUCCCGCGGCUGGGGCCAUUGAAAUUGACUGA